CAGCGUGGGAAGUGAUUAAAAUUGUCAAAUUCUCGCGUGAAUUUCCUCGGUCGGUCCAACGGCAGACUCUCCUCUUUUCUUUUCCUCCUCCACUUCUUCAACGUCCCUCUCCCUCAAAGCCCAAUCCCACCGUUUCUGCACCAAACGUUCCUCUCUCCUCCUCCUCCGGUAAAAAGUACAAUAAAAUAAAAUAAUAUAAAAAUCAGAUGUUUGAUUUGGGGGAUGAGCUUACAGUAGAAACCUACGGAAUCCCAUGGCUCAUUAUAUGGAUCCAAAUCCUAAUAUUCUUCCUCCUAAUCAUUCUCCUUUGUUGUUUCAGUGUUUUUACUUCAGAUCCUUCGCACUACGACACCAAAGCCAUCUCCUCUUCCAACACCUCUUCUUCUUCCUCUCCCGCUGCUUCUUAUUUAAACAAGUCACUUCUCGACCACGGUAGUACCACAACUCGCGCAAAUCGGUUGCAGCAUAACCAGAUAGGGGAGAGCCAAAGUAUAAAAGGAGAGAUAGCAACAGGCACAAGUACAAGAAUGGUGACAGAAGAGAAUACAGAAAGGGAAGGCAUUUUAACAAACUCAAUCGUUAAUCUCCAUCCCUGCAACUACUUCAGGCUUGCCAAACUGGCACUUCUCAAGUGUUUUGGAUUAGAUCCAUCCUCUGAUAGUUCUCCUAGCUGCGACUGGAAAAAAGACACAUAGGCUUGCUGUUCUGGGAAGUGGAAAUUUGUUGCCUAAUUCUGCAGAAGCAAAGAUUGAGCUAUCUGCCAUUAUAAUCCAGAGAUAAAGGGAUCAAUGGAAUGAAAAGCAAGUCAGAGAUGCGGGCUCAAUCCAAGGUAAAUAUACCCAGAUUAAAGUGUUCAAAAAAAAUCUAAUUGUCGAUAUGCUUGGGACCCUCAUUUUUAAGUGGAAAAUCCAAUUUCAUUCAUUAAAGAAGAUCAAAUUGAUCGGAGCAAUGCUCAUUCCAACAAUUGCCUGUGUAGCUUUGUACAGAGAACACAAGUUUUCUCUAGAACUCCAAUAAACUCUGCAUCAGCCGUCAGGUUUUUGUUUUUG